AUGGCUGACACAAAAGGCUCAAUGGUAGCACCACUAUCUAAAUAUAAAUUGGUUUUCUUGGGUGAUUAAUCAGUGGGAAAGACAUCCAUUAUAAAUCGGUUUAUGUUUGAUACAUUUGAUGGGAAGGAUCAUCCAACAGUGGGAAUAGAUUUUAUUUCAAAGACUCUGUACUACGAGGAUAGGACGAUACGUUUAUAGUUAUGGGAUACUGCAGGGUAAGAGAGAUUUCGAUCAUUAAUUCCGAGUUACAUAAGAGACAGUGCAGUGGCAGUAGUGUGUUAUGAUGUGGAAGUAAAAACUUCAUUUGCGAGCAUAACAAGAUGGAUAUCGGAUGUUCGUUUGGAGAGAGGAAAUGAUGUGAUUAUAUUUAUAGUGGCAAACAAGAUCGAUGUACUAAAUGAAAGAGUGAUAUCUACUGAGGAAGGAGCGAAUCUAGCAAAAGAAUGUGAUGCUCAUUUCAUAGAGGUAAGUGCAAAGACUGGGAACAAUGUCGAAUUAUUAUUUAAAUAAAUUGCAGCGACAUUGCCAGGGACAGAAACAUCUUAAAUGGUAAAUUCUGUAAUGAACAACCCAAAUCAAUCAAAUAAUGUAAAAUUAGAGAACCAAAAAAACUAAGAGUCGGAGAAAGUCUAAACUAAGGCCUGUUGUUGA